GUUGCUUUCUAGGGGUCAGUCUGGCUUCGGCUCUGUCGCUCUCUAUCCGUCACCGGGAGGAAGACGGAGCUGGCUGCCCAGCCCACAGGCUCAUUAGGGGAUGCAGUUAUGGGCGCUGUCGUCGUGGAUUGUUAUUUUGUGUCAGUAAGUAAUCCAUAAAGUGCCAACAUGGGAAAGAAACGGACAAAGGGAAAAACUGUUCCAAUUGAUGAUUCUUCUGAAUCUUUAGAACCUAUGUGCAGACACAUUAGAAAAGGAUUGGAACAAGGUAAUUUGAAAAGGGCUUUAUUGAAUGUGGAAUGGAAUAUUUGCCAAGAUUGUAAGACGGACAAUAAAGUAAAAGAUAAAUCUGAAGAAGAAGCGGAAGAAAACCCUUCAGUUUGGCUAUGUCUUAAAUGUGGCCAUCAGGUAUGCUUACGUUUUGAUCAAUAUGGGAUUUUGUUUGGUGGUUACACAUUUUGGGUUCCAAGAAUUAUAAUUUGUCCCCUUUUUUGGUUGUUCGUCACUUUUUUUCUCUGUGGUCUUUUGGGACACAGGUGUUACCUAUGCGAUGAUGAGGUCCAGUAUUGUAGUUCAAACAGAUUGGGUCAGGUGGUUGAUUAUGUUAGAAAACAAGCUGGUAUUACAACUCCAAAAUCAGCAACAAAAGAUGGUAACGUUGAACUUGAAAAUAAAAAGUUAGAAAAGGAGACUAAAAAUGAACAAGAGCGAGAAAAAAAGGAAAACAUGACUAAAGAAAAUCCUUCCACGAAUUCUUCCCAAAUAACUGUGAAAGGACUCAGUAAUUUGGGAAAUACAUGUUUCUUCAAUGCAGUUAUGCAGAAUUUGUCACAAACACCAGUGCUGAGAGAACUACUAAAAGAAGUAAAAAUGUCUGGAACAAUUGUAAAAAUCGAACCACCCGAUUUGGCACUAACUGAACCCUUAGAAAUAAACCUUGAGCCUCCAGGCCCUCUUACUUUAGCCAUGAGCCAGUUUCUUAAUGAGAUGCAAGAGACCAAAAAGGGAAUCGUGACACCUAAAGAACUCUUUUCUCAGGUCUGUAAAAAAGCAGUACGGUUUAAAGGCUAUCAGCAGCAAGACAGCCAGGAGCUGCUUCGCUAUUUAUUGGAUGGAAUGAGAGCAGAAGAACAACAAAGAGUGAGUAAAGGAAUUCUUAAAGCAUUUGGUAAUUCUACUGAAAAAUUGGAUGAAGAACUAAAAAAUAAAGUUAAAGAUUAUGAAAAGAAAAAAUCUGUACCAAGUUUUGUGGACCGCAUCUUUGGUGGUGAACUCACUAGUACAAUCAUGUGUGAUGAAUGCAGGACUGUCUCCUUGGUUCAUGAAUCUUUCCUUGAUUUGUCUCUACCAGUUUUAGAUGAUCAGAGUGGUAAGAAAAGUAUAAAUGAUAAAAAUUUGAAAAAGACGUUGGAGGAUGAAGAUAAAGAGAGUGAGGAGGAGAAAGAUAAUGACAGUUACAUGAAAGAGAGGAGUGACAUUCCUUCGGGAACAAGUAAGCACUUACAGAAGAAAGCAAAGAAGCAAGCCAAAAAGCAAGCCAAGAACCAACGAAGGCAACAAAAAAUUCAAGGAAAAAUUCUUCAUUUAAAUGACAUCUGUAGCAUUGACCAUCCUGAAGAUAACGAAUGUGAGGUUGAAAUGUCACUUCAGGGAGAAGUGGAUGUUAAAUCCAACCAUAUCUCAGAAGAGAAAAUUAUACAUAAAGAAUAUUGUGUUAAUCAGAAAGAUUUGAAUAGCCAAGAAAAAAUGAUAGAAAGUGUAACUGACAAUCAAAAAUCCACAGAAGAAGUAGAUAUGAACAAUGUCAACAUGGAUAAUGAUCUGGAGGUUUUGGCCUCUUCUCCCACUGACUGUACUAGGAAUUUAAAUGGUGCCUAUCUGACAGAAGGGAGUGGUGAAGUGGACAUUUCCAGUGGUUUCAAGAACCUUAACUUGAAUGCUGCUCUUCAACCUGACGAAAUAAAUAUAGAGAUUCUGAAUGAGAGUCAUUGUCCUGGGACCAAGGUAUACGAAGUUGUAAACGAAGAUCCAGAAACUGCUUUCUGUACUCUUGCGAACAGGGAAGCCUUCCAUACUGAUGAGUGUUCAAUCCAGCAUUGUUUAUAUCAGUUCACCCGAAAUGAGAAACUUCGAGAUGCAAAUAAACUGCUUUGUGAAGUAUGCACCCGGAGACAGUUUAGUGGACCAAAGGCAAACAUAAAAGGUGAAAGGAAACAUGUUUAUACCAAUGCCAAAAAACAGAUGCUAAUUUCUCUUGCACCUCCUGUUCUCACUCUUCAUUUAAAGAGAUUUCAGCAGGCUGGUUUUAACCUACGGAAAGUUAACAAACACAUAAAAUUUCCGGAAAUCUUAGAUUUGGCUCCUUUUUGUACCCUGAAGUGUAAGAAUGUUGCUGAAGAAAAUACAAGAGUACUGUAUUCCUUAUAUGGAGUCGUCGAGCACAGCGGUACCAUGAGGUCAGGGCAUUAUACUGCCUAUGCCAAGGCCAGAGCUGCAAAUAGUCAUCUCUCUAAUCUUGUUCUCCACGGUGAUAUUCCACAAGAUUUUGAAAUGCAGUCAACCAAAGGGCAGUGGUUUCACAUCAGUGAUACACACGUGCAACCUGUGCCUACAGCUAAAGUUCUGAACUCACAAGCGUACCUCCUGUUUUAUGAGAGAGUAUUGUAAUAGUUCCAAAGAGUGCUUUCUCCAGAAACAAGCUUAUGGCUUUUAAAAUGGCUGUAAUUAAUAAUAAUAAUAAAGAAGUAAAGACUAACUGUAAAAUCAUGUUCACUUAAAAUUAAACACAUGCCAGAAGAAAUGUUUAUUAAAAUAUUGAAGGGAAAAUACCUAAAAAUUUACAAUGGUUUUGUAUUGUCAUAGUGGUUUUUAUUCUUGCUUCCAGUUUCUGGAAAGGAUUCUGAAUUCCUUAAGUCUUCUGUGCUUAAAUAUGUCUGGGUGGUGGGUUGUAACAUGAAUAAACUGACUUACCCCCAAAA